AUGUAUCAUCGCGCUGUCUCCCGAUCCACUCUUACGAUUAUACGGAAUUAUCUUGGACGUGAUUUUACUUUGCGGACUCAUCGUCGGACAUUCUCGAGAACGUCUGGUACACUUAAAGAAUCAACAAUAUCUGCCAAGAAGACAAAUGAAGAGUGGCGCAAGACAUUGUCACCCCAACGAUAUCACAUACUCCGCGAGAAGGGGACGGAAGUCAGAGGUACUGGACUGUACAAUGAACAUAACGAGACCGGAGUGUAUCUGUGUGCUGCUUGCCAUAGCAGGCUAUAUGAAUCGUCUCAUAAAUUCAGUUCGGGAUGUGGAUGGCCCGCAUUUUAUGACUCUGUUCCAGGAGCUGUGAAUCGUAACUUGGAUACAUCAUUUGGGAGGAUUAGGACUGAGAUUACUUGCUCUAAUUGUGACAGCCAUCUUGGUCAUGUUUUCCAGGGGGAAGGAUACAAUUAUACUCCGGCAGAUGAACGCCAUUGUGUAAACAGUCUGAGUCUCAAAUUCGAACGACCAGAUGGCAGCGUCGAUGAUAGCGAGGAUAAAUAA